AUCAGCCAAUGUUACCUGAAUUCCGAAUUUGUUGGUACACUACGUAACUACUACUUGUUACAUUUUCCAUAGGGUUGAGUUGAAUUAAUUUAGGGAUUUAUGGAAGAUAUCGGCAUUGAAUGAUGGAUUUGUCUGUGAUUACCCUAUUGAUUGCUAUAAAAACACAUAGAUAUGACAUACUUGUGAAAGCAACUAAGUUAACAUCAGGAUAUGAUGAUGAAAGCCAAGCUUAUAGAUCCCCGACAUAUGCUAUGAACAUGGGUACAACCUUGAAAAAAUGUUGCGGUGUGGCUCUUUUACACGUUUUGAAAAAAAUCUGAGUCACUGCCAACAGUAGAUAAUGCAAACAUUGGUUCCAUUAGCUAGUGAUCUUAAACUAUUGAAGGAUUAUCUUAUGAAAGUAGCUGCAAAUCAGGUGUCAGUGC